AUGGCUUCACGUAAAAGUUGGGUUUGGAAGUAUAGUAUUCCAUCGGAAGAUGGAAAAUUUGUUACGUGCAGUAUAUGCGAUAGCACGAUAUCUUACAACGGAUCAACGUCAACUAUUACAAAGCAUUUGCGGGGCAAGCAUCGGGAUACAUUUUCCAAUAUAUCUAGUGAAGUUUCGGAUAUUGAUACUGACAAACCAUCAACAUCAGGGCUGUUACCUGCAAAUAGUAAAGGCUGUUCUCCGAAAAAUCUGCAAAAAAUGGAUUCAUCGUGUACUUCAAAACGACAUGAACAAAUAUCACAAGCACUUGCUCACAUGAUUUCUGUAAACAUGGUGCCUAUUUCAUUUUGUAAUAGUGAAAGGUUUAAAGAGUUUAUCGCUGUACUGGAGCCUGGAUAUCGUUGUCCGUGUCCUAAAAUUAUUAUAAAACGAUUGCAACUUUUAUACCACGAAAAACGAAAUAGAAUUGAAAAACAGCUUUCUAUGGCAUCUGAUAUAUCUAUCACCAAUGAUGGAUGGUCCUCGAGAUCACAGGAUUCAUAUAUUUCUGCAACUGAACAUUUCAUAAAUGAAAAAGGGGUCCUUAAAAAUUAUACUGUUUGUACACAGUUGAUGGAAGAUCGUCAUUCGGGAGAAAAUUUAGCCAUAAUAUUUAAUAUGAUUAAUGAAGAGUGGAAUAUUAGUGGUAAAGUGAACGCUAUGGUCCAUGAUAAUGCGUACAAUAUAACUAUGGCUGCAGAUCUAUCGGAUGACGUAAGAUACAACAUUCCCUGUGCCGCACACACUACACAACUAUGCGCGAGAGAUGCCUUGAGUUCAGUUGACAGAUGCAAAGAAGUAAUUCAAAAGGGUAGUAAAAUUAUACAACAAUUUUAA